GUGGCGGGUUUGCCCCCCCGGCAGGUCGACGCGGCGAGCGGCUCCGCGAGGGUGUGUCCGCGCUUCACGGAGCAGGAGCUGCGACAGCUUGUGGUCCACUCCUAUAGGCAGCAGGACUUGUCCACGCGGCAGUGGGUGGCGCACGCGAAGCUGGGCGACGCGUACUCCUUCUUCCGCCGCCUCUCUUACGGCACGGUGGACAAGGUGCUGCAGCACUGGGACUGGUACCUCUACUGCCUCACCUUCGAGGCAACAGAGAUAAAGGAUGCCUCGCUGGCGGACGAUGUCGCCGCCAGCAUGCCGCUGGACCUCGUGGACCUUCAGGUCGUCUCCAAUCUGCUGAACGUCUGCAUCACCGUGUCGCGCUUUCAGGAGGAGGCGCUGCGGUUCGAGCCUGCGCAGGGCGACGGGCCGGAGUACUGUAUCCACCUGGUGGACCUCAUUGGCAAGGUCACGGACACCAUCCAGAGAAUCGAGCACAUGGAGCAGUCCUUCGAGGUUGAGUUGAACAAUAUUCGCAAAUCUAUCAACACGCACAUCUUCAAGGUUGGGGAGGCCGGCCAGUCCUACCACAUCACACCAUCCGACGCUGACCUUGGCAACUCCAGCAUGUCCACGCAGGGGGCCGCGCCGAUCAUGUCCCGACGUGACCUGCUUCGACAGAUUCGGGCCCAUCUGCUUGAGCAGUGCGAGGCUGUGCGCAUCAUUGCAGGCGGCCAGCUACUACGCCACAACAGGGUCUAG